AUGAUGAAGGGAAUGGAGUCUGAACUGAAAGACUUGAAUUCCAAAGCCGCGAAAUCAAAUGCAAUCAAAACCGUUCGCGACGAUCGUCCUCUUCUCAAAUCGGAUUCAGUAUCCUCCACCACCACCGCAACCACUGCGGCGGAGCUAGAAGAACUUGAGAAGAAAUUCGCGGCGUAUGUUCGCCGCGAUGUUUAUGGAACAUUGGGGAGAGGAGAGUUAGCAGCUAAGGAGAAACUGUUGCUUGGUUUCGCACUUGUUACGCUUCUUCCGAUUAGAGUGAUUCUUGCUGCGAUUGUUUUGGUGGUUUAUUACGUGAUUUGUAGGGUUUGUACAUUGUUUUUGAGUCCGAAUCGGGAAGAUGAACAAGAGGAUUAUGCUCAUAUGGGAGGGUGGAGAAGGAUUGUUAUUGUUCGGUGUGGGAAAGCUCUUUCUAGAGUUAUGCUUUUCGUUUUUGGAUUUUAUUGGAUUUCUGAAUCUACUACCUCUAUCAAUCAGGAAGUCAAACCUCAGCCUGAAAAGACGAAAAGGCCUGGUGUAAUAAUAUCAAAUCAUGUGUCUUACUUGGAUAUUUUGUAUCAUAUGUCUUCCUCUUUCCCAAGUUUUGUUGCUAAGAGAUCAGUGGCCAAGCUUCCUCUUGUUGGUCUCAUCAGCAAGUGCCUUGGUUGCAUCUAUGUUCAGCGGGAAUCAAAGUCAUCCGACUUCAAGGGUGUUUCAGCUGUUGUCACCGAAAGAAUUCGAGAAGCACAUCAGAAUGAAUCUGCUCCAUUAAUGAUGUUAUUUCCAGAAGGUACAACAACAAAUGGAGAUUUCCUCCUUCCAUUCAAGACUGGGGGUUUUUUGGCAAAGGCACCGAUACUUCCUGUAAUUCUAAAAUACCAUUACCAAAGAUUUAGCCCUGCCUGGGAUUCAAUAUCUGGGGUGCGCCAUGUGAUAUUUCUCCUUUGUCAGUUUGUAAAUAAUAUGGAGGCGAUACAAUUACCCAUUUACUAUCCCUCACAACAAGAAAUGGAUAAUCCCAAAUUGUAUGCUGAUAAUGUUAGAAGGUUGAUGGCUACUGAGGGUAAUUUGACCCUUUCUGAUAUUGGGCUAGCUGAAAAACGAAUUUAUCACGCUGCUCUCAAUGGUUUGUUUUCCCAAGGAUAG